AACAGUUUUUUUUAAAAAAAAAAAAACGGGGGCAAGAGCUUUGGCCCCAAAAAGCAGCUAUGAAAUACACAAAAAACACACACUAUUCUCCGUCAUUCACCUUAUUACAUUAUUACUUCAAACUAUAUACACAACGUUAGAUAUCAAUUUUCCAACUAAGAUAAUCACGUUUCUUGCAGUACUAAUCCUAUUGCCGUUCUGGCUGCAGGUGAUAUAACUGGGAGUUUAUAACAGCAUGGACAUGACAAGUAACGCCGUGUGGUUCACUUUGGCUAUUGUUCUCAUCACUCUCGUACUCAGGAUUAUAAGAGGGAAGAUUGCCGUUGCUCCAGUCAGUGGGAAAUCCCUUCCACCAGUGGUCAACUGCUUUGCUUUACUAGGACUUUGGCCUAGCCUUUAUUCAAAGGAUCUUCCAUCGAAGAUAAACUUUCUAUACAACAAGUAUGGCAGUGUGUUCACAAUUAGUCUAUUUGGAAAUCACAUAACCCUCUUGAUCGGACCACAGGUCUCAGCUCACUUCUUUCAAGGAUUGGAUUCAGAUAUUAGCCAUGGUAAGCUUCUUGAGUUCACUGUGCCCAUGUUUGGACGAGAGGUUGCUUACGGCGUUGAUAUCGCCACUCGGAAUGAGCAGGCUCGUUUUUAUGUUGACGCAUUCAGGCAGUCAAAGUUGAGGAGACAUUUUGAUCCCAUGCUUCAAGAGGUCGAGGGCUACUUUAGCAAAUGGGACAAGGAAGGCAUUGUUGACUUAAAACAUGAAUUUGAAGCGUUACUCAUGUUGAUAUCAAGCCGCUGUUUAUUGGGUAAAGAGGUUCGGGAGAAAAUGCUCGAUGAGUUCUAUACACUGUUUCGUGAUAUUGAAAGCGGAGUGAACUUGAUGAGUGUCUUCUUCCCAUACAUCCCAACCCCAGCAAAUCGUAGGCGUGACAAGGCACAUGCCAAGCUAGUAGAGUUACUCUCUGAAAUUGUGAGAUCACGGAAGAGCUCUAGCAGGGUCGAGGAGGACGUGCUACAGAAAUUGAUGGAUUCCAAGUAUAAAGACGGCCAUUCCACAACCGAAACAGAGGUAGCAGGAUUGAUAAUUGGAUUGAUCUUUGGGGGAAAGCACACAAGCUCUCAUGCUACUACCUGGACAGGAGCUUGCCUACUCAGCCACACAAAAUUCUUAACAUCUGCAUCUGAGGAGCAAAAGGAAAUCAUGCUGAAAUACAAGGGCAAAAUAGAAUAUGAUGCCCUGUUAGAGAUGGAUACUCUGCAUAGUUGUAUCAAAGAGGCACUUCGGAUGAACCCACCAGCGCCAAUGUUGCUUCGCAAGGCACAUAAAAAUUUCACAGUGCGGACAAAAGAAGGCCAAGAGUAUGGCAUUCCGAAAGGGCAUACAAUCGCAAGUCCUAUAGUGCAAAACAAUAACAUGCCUAACGUUUAUAAGGAUCCUCACUUGUAUGACCCAGAUAGGUUUGGUCCGGCAAGACAGGAGGACGUACUUGGUGGCAAAUUCUCUUUCACAUCAUUUGGUGGUGGAAGGCAUCUUUGCGUUGGGGAAGCUUAUGCCUAUACGCAAAUUAAAAUAAUAUGGAGCCAUUUGCUAAACAAUUUCGAUCUUAAACUGUUGUCUCCUUAUCCCAAAACUGACUGGAAUAAGUUAAUCCCGGAGCCUCAAGGAAGUAUGAUGGUCAGCUACAAGAGACGUCGACUACAGGGCUAAUUAGCACCUGCUCUUACUAGUCCCUACUACCGAACUGAUAAUGUAGUAACUUUGCAUGGGUGUGUCACUUAUAUAUUAUUAAGAUGCAUGGUUGUAUCUUUUUAUGAUUGUAAUCAUUUUGAAUAACAAUUGGAUAAGCUAUAGUUGUAUCAUAGACGGCUAAAAGUGAA